AUGAAUGCUCUCUCAUACAUCUCAAGCAACCUCAUAACUCCAAUAGAAGAAGAAGAACUGCCCUCCGGGUCCCAAUCUGAGGAUGUACAAACAUACACUAACGAUGUAUCAGACACAUGUGUCUCCUCCCAGACCCAGAUCAUCAGCAAAGUCGAGGAUGUCUUAAAUGAAGAUAAUCAAAGGAGCACUCUGGUACUGGUUUUGCUCUUCUUCCCAAAAUAUCUUCUUGUAAAACCAAUCUUCUUCCUAUGGUUCCUCAUCACAUUUCCUAUAACUUUGUUCGAGCAAAAGAAUAAGAAACUUCCCAAAUCUUCUGCAAAUUUAGACACUAUGAGUAAGAGUAAAAACCUUAAUAUUCUAGUGGAGGAAGAUUUAUCUGGAGGAGGAGAAAUCAUACUACAAAGAGACACUCUCAAUGGUUCUUUGCUGAAAUCAAGAGCUAACCAGCAACAUUCUCAUCAAUCAAGACAUGCGAAGUCCUCCUCAAGCUCAGUAGGACUCAUCUCAAAGAAGAUUGGAAGAUUCCUUUUCCCCAAGAAAUUGAUCCCAAGAUCAAUAUUGCAUAGUGGUAGGAAGAAAAAAUUGGUCCUUGAUCUAGAUGAAACUUUGAUCCACUCUAUAUCAAGAUCCACUCCAAACAGUAACAACGCUCAAGCACAUCUUGUCGAGGUCAAAUUCCCAAUCAGUGGUAUAUCAACCCUAUAUUACGUUCAUAAGAGACCUUAUUGUGAUUUGUUCUUAUCAAAAGUAUGCAGAUGGUAUGAUCUAAUCAUAUUCACCGCUUCGAUGAAAGAAUAUGCAGACCCUGUGAUAGACUGGUUAGAAACUUCAUUCCGUGGUAGCUUCUCAAAACGAUUUUAUAGAAACGAUUGUAUCUUAAGAGAUGGUGUGGGUUAUAUUAAAGAUUUAUCCAUAGUUAACGCAAUUCCAGGAUCGCACGCUGCAUCAACUACAUCACAUAACAACCAUAACAACAAUAAUAAUAGCAAUACUAAUUCUAAUGAUAAUAACGACAAUAAUGAUACCAAUGCACACACACACCAGCUGCAGAAUAACCUAUUAAGUGAAGUAAUUCUGAUAGAUAAUAGUCCUGUUAGCUACGCAAUGAAUGUAGAUAACGCAAUUCAAGUACAAGGUUGGAUUAGUGAUCCUACUGAUCAAGACUUACUAAAUUUACUACCGUUUUUAGAGUCAUUAAGAAAUACAACUGAUGUAAGAAAUAUUCUAUCUUUGAAAAAUGGCGAAAGGGCAUUUAACGUAAAUAAUUGA